AUGACUCCAACCGGUAAUCCUAGCGCAAUCAGAUCCAUAUACCCAAGUGCACCUUCGAGUUCGGUGGUAAUUUGGGAGAGCGGGGUCUGGGCAGCAUCAGUCGCCGCUUACCGCCUCAUGUGUCAAACCUCUCCAGACGACGAGCUAAGCCGUGCCGAGCGAGGGCAAAUGGAGCACGGCAGAAUUCUCGACCUGAUGACAUCGACGCCGAAGCCUCUUUUGAUUCACAAUCAGAACCACACCCAUGAUGAGUUCUGCCCUCUUCAUCACGAAACCCUUGAAAGGAAUCGUGGUAGCGUUGCGCUUGAAAAUGUUGACGAACAACGUACCACCAAUGAGCAAAUCGAAGUUGGACAGCCAACGAGCUUCCAGAGUCAAGACAUCUUGGGGCUUGGAGCCGGACUCGAAGCAAAUCAAGGAGAGAAAAUAUCAGAGUCCAUUGAUGAGGCAGAUCUUGGAGAGGAAGAUACUCCCGCACCGCAUGAGGAUAAGAGUGGUCCCAUCAACGACGAUGACGACCCAUAA